GUGCAUCCACUCAUUUCCCAACACGUACAACAAAGGAAGGUGGCAUAGUGCAACACACUGCGUCACGAUGGUUUCGGCCUCCCAAAUUAUAGUGCCGAUAGGUGCAGCUGCAGCUUCGGUGCUUGUGGGCCUGGGAGUCGGCAGGCGCACGGCUGGCGGCGUGAACCUGCGGCGGCAGCUAAAUGGCAACCACAAGUGGCUGAACCGGCAGGAGCGGCAGGUGGCCAGUGCGCUCAUCCAGGCCGGCAAGGGCUACCUGUUCAGCAACUGGCCGCCGCCGGGUGUGCAUGACGCGGAGAAGCGGCGACUGCUGGCGGCGGCGGCGCGCGGCGUGGACAGCGCCGCGGCGGCAGCGGAGGCGGACCGGCUGGCUGUGCUGGUGCCGCCGGCCGCGCCGCAGGAGCCGCGGGUCAUCGAGGCGCACGGCGACAGCCGAACCGACAAGUACUACUGGCUGCGUGAUGACGAGCGCAAGGCGCCCGCGGUGCUGUCGCACCUGAACGCCGAGAACGCCUACAUGCGUGCGGUCAUGGCGGACACCGAGGAGCUGCAGGAGUCGCUGUACCUGGAGAUGCGGGCGCGCAUCAAGGAGGACGACACGCAGGUGCCCGCGCGCUACCAGGGCUACUACUACUACACGCGGCAGGAGACGGGCCAGCAGUACGGACUGCACUGCCGCCGCCGGGUGCCGGCCGCGGCGGCGGCGCCCCGCGAGACGGACGUGCUGGACGAGGCGGAGCCGGAGGAGGUGCUGCUGGAUGAGAACGCGCGCAAGGCCAGCCUGGGCGUGUCCUACUACUCGGUGUCGGGCUGCGAGACCAGCCCCGACCAGCGCCUGUACGCCUGGGCCGAGGACACCGUGGGCGGAGAGAAGUACACCCUGCACGUCAAGGACCUGAGCACGGGCGCCGAGCUCACGCGCGGCGGCAUCCCGGGCAUGAGCGGCAACUUCGAGUGGGCGGCGGACAACGCCACCCUGUUCUACGUGGUCAAGGACCACCUGGACCGGCCCUACAAGGUGCUCCGCCACAAGAUCGGCACCAACCCCACCCAGGACGUGGUGGUGUUCGAGGAGGCGGACGAGGCCUUCUACGUGGGCGUGGGCAAGAGCCGCUCAGAGAAGAUCAUCUACAUCAGCAGCGGCUCGGCAGUGACCAGCGAGAGCCGCUACCUGCGCGCGGACACACCCGAGGGCGAGUUCCGCGUGGUGCUGCCGCGGGUGCAGGACACGGAGUACAGUGUGGCGGACCGCGGAGACUGGCUGUUCAUCACCCUGCGCGACCCCGCCCGACCCAACAGCGAGCUGCUGCUGGCGCCGCUGGCGGACCCCUCCAAGGCGGAGGUGCUCAUCCCGCACAGCCGCGAUGUGAAGCUGGACGGCGUGAGUGUGGGUGCCGACUACCUGGUGGCCUGCAGCCGCCGCGGAGGGCUGGAGCGGGCCGCAGUGCACAAGCUGCCGCCGGGCCUGGGUCGGCCCGUGGGGCCCCUGGGGGAGGGCGAGGAGAUCAAGUUUGAGGAGCCGGCAUACAGCCUGAGCGCGUACCUGACUGGCGACUUCGACUCCCCCAUCCUGCGCAUGAGCUACACCUCCCUCACCACACCCGCCACUGUCAUCGACAUGCACCUGGGCACGGGCAAGCGCUGUGAGAAGAAGGUGGCGCCGGUGCUGGGCGGCUUUGACAAGUCGCGCUACGUCACACAGCGCCUGUGGGCCACAGCGCCAGACGGCGUCAAGGUGCCCAUCAGCCUGGUGUACCGCAGGGGCCUGGCGCGGCUGGACGGCAGCGACCCCAUGAUGCUGGACGGCUACGGCUCCUACGAGAUCUCCAACGACCCCUACUUCAGCUCCACGCGCCUGUCGCUGCUGGACCGCGGCUUCGUGUUCGCCAUCGCGCACAUCCGCGGAGGCGGCGAGAUGGGCCGCUACUGGUACGAGGACGGCAAGCUGCAGAAGAAGGCCAACACCUUCACCGACUUUAUCGCGGCGGCAGAGCACCUCAUCACCAGCGCCAAGCUGGUGACGCCGCAGCGGCUGUGCAUCGAGGGCCGCUCCGCGGGCGGGCUGCUCAUGGGAGCGGUGCUCAACAUGCGGCCCGACCUCUUCCACGCCGCCAUCAUUGGCGUGGGCUUCGUGGACGCACUGACGACCAUGCUUGACGACACCAUCCCGCUCACCAUCAUCGAGCGCGAGGAGUGGGGCGACCCCGCUGCCGACGCGGCGGUGUACGCCUACAUGAAGAGCUACAGCCCGGUGGACAACGUGAGGGCGCAGCGCUACCCGCACAUCCUGGCCAUUGCCGGGCUGCACGACCCCCGCGUGGGGUACUGGGAGCCGGCCAAGUUCGUGGCCAAGCUGCGUGAGCACAAGACCGACCGCAACCUGCUGCUGCUCAAGACCGAAAUGGGUGCCGGGCACUUCAGCGUCACGGGCCGCUUCGAGAGGCUCAAGGAGGUGGCCUUUGAGUUCGCCUUCCUGUUCAAGGUGCUGGGCAUGAUGCACACGCCCCUGGCCGACGGACCGCUGCCCGCGCCCGCACCCGCACCCGCGCCCGCGGCGCCGGAUGCGGCGGCGCCCGCUGCCAAGUGAGCGCGGCGCUGAGCCAGGCGAGCGAGGAGGCCGUCUGGGGGCGGAGCGAGCGGCAGGGCGGGGACCAGGAGCAGGCGAGGGAGGUGCAUGUGUGAGGCUGUCGAGUGGUGGACACUGCCGGGGUGUCUAGCUGUAUGGUAGUGCGGCGCAGUGGAAGGACGUGGGCUUCAUGUGGCGGUUGACUGGCGUGCGGAGAGGAGGGAACGGGUGUGCGGCUCGGGUUUGGAGUCGUGGAGUGGAGCGGAGUCGGUGGAGCGAGAGAUGGCAGUAAGGCAUGUGACAGAGGCGAGGCGGCCGCUUUAAGGAGGGCUCAUACCAAAAAGAAACGCGCAUGUCACACACGUGAGGAUUUGCCCUUGGCUCCCCCUUGCUUACUUGGGCAAACCUCACGCAGCUCCGCUCAGAGUCUGGGGGUGAUUUUGGGUGAAUUGAUUAAUUCUGGACUUUG